AGUUUUCCUAUUCGGCCAUGUUGACUCGCGCGUAAGAACACAUCGAAAGCAGUUCCAGCGUGUUUACGGCAUUUAAAAGUCCAAACGUAUAUAGGUGUACCGUCAGGUUAAUUUGUCGUUAAUAAAGACGAUUAGUUGGUUGAUGUUUGCAAUAAUAAAAAGAAUUAUCGUCAAACGACGAAUUUAAGAAGUGUCAAAGUAGAGGAAUAGGUGGAACGAAAAAAUAUAGUUAAUAUAAGAAAAUAAUGGAAUAAAUGUGAUAGUAAGAGAACAAGAGAAAGAGAAAGAAAGAGUGAAAGAGCAAAAGAGAGAGGGAAGAGAAGUAAUCAGUGACUCUCUUUAAUAUUGAGAACAGUGAAGAGUAGAAUAGAGUAGUGUGGGACUAUUUGAAAAUCGCGCGUGCAUGGGUAGUGGCCGCCUAACGGCGUCGUCUCGCGGUCUCGACGGAGACGUAUCGCGUUCGUCAGUCGGUGAAAUUGGAACGCGCUGACUUGUUUACUGUGUGUAUGCUCUCGUAGGUAAGGUUUUUUCGACACCUGGCUAUACGCCGACCGGGAGAAGAGGACAGACGAUAUCCAUUUUUUCUGCCUAGGACAAUCGUUCGUCUUUCCUUCAUCUCGUUGUCGACGUAGAAAACGAAAGAUUUCUUUGGCCGGUUGACUUUUUCCAUCUCUUGCGUCGUUGUUAUUGGACGAACGAAUAUACACGCCUAACUUUGUUCCUGCUGUUUAGAGAGAAUAAAGCUGAAACAUGCCGGAAGAACAAAAAUCUGCCGCGGUACCUCCCGAAGUUACGGCGGAAAAUGGCACCGGAACUAAUUCGCCAACUAAAAGUCCAGUUAGUAAAGGAAAAAUGGCUUUGGCGAAAAUCACUUUACUGGAUGGCACCGUAAAAGAUUUUUAUAUCGAUAGAAAAGCCAAAGGGCAAGAGCUCCUUGAUUUGAUAUGUCAAAGUAUGAAUCUACUCGAGAAAGAUUAUUUUGGUCUUGUCUAUGAGGACAAAGAUGAUUCAAGAAACUGGUUGGAUCUAGAUAAAAGAAUUGUCAAAUUUGUCAAAAACGAACCCUGGAAAUUUAGUUUCGAGGUGAAGUUCUAUCCUCCGGAUCCAGCUCAAUUACAAGAAGAUAUUACGCGAUAUCAAUUAUGUUUACAAAUUAGAAACGAUAUUAUAAAAGAGCGUUUACCAUGUUCUUUCGUGACCCACGCACUUCUGGGAUCUUACCUAGUUCAGUCAGAAAUUGGAGAUUAUGACCCAGAAGAACAUGGUAGAACAUAUUUGAAGGAUUUUAAAUUUGCCCCCAAUCAGACGCCAGAAUUAGUAGAGAAAGUUAUGGAUCUUCAUAAAACACAUAAAGGGCAAUCUCCUGCCGAAGCAGAACUCCACUAUUUAGAAAAUGCAAAGAAAUUAGCUAUGUAUGGAGUUGAUUUACAUCCUGCGAAAGAUUCAGAAGGCGUUGAUAUAAUGUUAGGUGUCUGUUCAUCGGGUCUUCUUGUUUAUCGUGAUCGAUUAAGAAUAAACAGGUUUGCAUGGCCGAAAAUUUUGAAGAUCUCCUACAAGAGGCAUAACUUUUUUAUAAAAAUACGGCCUGGUGAAUUCGAGCAAUUUGAAUCCACGAUUGGUUUUAAACUUGCGAAUCAUAGAGCAGCUAAAAAAUUGUGGAAGGUCUGUGUAGAACAUCAUACUUUCUUCAGACUCAUGAGUCCAGAGCCUGUAAAGAAAGUAGGAUUAUUACCACAUUUAGGGUCUCGUUUCCGAUAUUCUGGGAGAACACAUUAUGAAACGAAAAAGACUCCUAUAGACAGGCAACCUCCUCAAUUUGAGAGGUCUCUAAGUGGCCGACGUCUAACGUCACGUAGCAUGGAUGCCUUAGGUGGUCCUAAACCAGUCGAAACUUACGGCUCGGAACCAAGUAAACGCCAUACUAUGAGUUACGAGCCCGAAAUGAUUCCUGAUAUGGAACACAUUGAUCAACGGCCUAGUCCUAUUAAAAAACAAAAGGAGAAGCUCACACGAAAAACAAGUGCUGGAACAACAUCUGCUAGCAGUACCAGUAGCCUGGAAGGAGAGUAUGAUGCGGAUCGUACCAAAAAGAAACCGGUCGGAGGAAUUGCAGUCCUACCGCCCGGUGGUCUUUCUAAGAAGAAGAAGGAUAAACAAAAUGAAAACGAGAAGGAAAACCAUAAUGAUCUGAACAAUUCUAAUUUAAUUAAUGAUAAUGCUCUUCUUGAUAACAACGAUGAGAAAUCACCCAAUAAAAAAGAUGUAAAGAAAAAGGACAAGGAAACACCAGAAAAGAAGGACAAAGAAAAGAAAGAAAAAAUUAAGAGUCCUGUUGCUGGUUUCCUCUUUGGAAAAAAGGAUAAAAAGAAGCAAAAAAAGAAAGAUUUAGAUGACUCGAUAGAAAAACAUGAAAUAGAAUCAGAUGUUUCAACAUUGGGAAAAGACAUAGCGGAAGAAUUACGGGAAAAACUAAGCACGGAUAAUAAAUCAAGAGAUUCUGCUAUGAACUCUGAUCGUCCAGGUUAUACAAAACCGUAUGACUACGAAGAAACAGAAACCUCAUCUACAAGAAAACCAUUUACGCCUCAUGGAUUCUCUUAUGAAGACAGACCAGCAUCUCCAGGUGUACGAGAUCAACAAUCUCCUACUGCAGCUAGUCGCAAAGCAACGGGCUUAGCAUUUAAUUAUGCUCCAGGUGAAGAGAAAAAAGUAGUAGAAUCGGUGGAAAAAAGGAAAACGAAAGACAUGGAUAAACUACAACAAGCUGGAAUAAAAACCCCUGGACUCAAUUACGUCGAGUCAGCUGGUCUUAAAGAACAACAAAAAGCUGCAACUUAUAGACUACCUAGUCAAAAAGAUUCUUCUCAGGGAGAAACUUCAGAUGACGGUAAAGCUUCGCAUAUGGCAACAAGGACUGUUACUACACGCACAACCCAAAUGCAUGAAGACUUUGAAAAAAGUCCCAAAAUAAGUGAGACAGAGGCAUCAAACUAUGAUAAAAAAACUCCAUAUACAUCAACGUCUGUUACUGCACACACUGAUGCAUUGCAUGAAGGUUUUGAAAAAAGCCCAAAAAUAAAUCAGGCACAGGUACCAAAUGACGGUAAAACCCCUCACACGUCAUCAUAUAUUACUGCACGUUCUGCAGCAUUGCAUGAUAAUCGUGGAGAAAGUCCAAAAGCAAGUCAGGCAGAGGUAACAAAAGAUGGUAAAACAUCUUACACAUCAGCAUCUGUUAUUACACGUUCUGCAGCAUUGCAUGAAGAUUUGGAAAAAAGCCUGAAAGAAAGCCAGGAAGAGGCAGCAGGUGAAGGUAAAGUUCCAUACAUUGCAACCACAGCUGGUAUUACACGUACUGCAACAAUGCAUGAAGACUCUGAAAAAAGUCAAAUAGAAAAUCAGGAAAAAAUGCUAGAUGAUAGUAAAAUCCCUUACAUCACAGCUGUUACUGCACGCACUACAGCAAUGUUUGAAGAUUCUGAAAAAAAUCGUAAAGCAAGCCAGGCAGAAGUACCAGAUGAUAGUAGAACCCCAUAUAUAACAGCUGUUACUGCACGUACUGUAACAAUGCAUGAAGAUCAUGAUAAAAAUCAAAAAACAAAUCAGGCAGAAGCACCAGAUGAUGGUAGAGCCCCAUACAUGACAGCAACAGCUGUUACUACACGUACUGCAACAAUGCAUGAAGAUCUUGAAAAAAAUCAGAAAACGAGUCAGGUAGAAGAAAAGACUGUAGCAUACUCGACUGCAACCAGUACAACAAGACAAGAGCAAAGAGUAGUAACACAAGAAGUUCGGACUACAAGUCAUGUACUUUCGGGUGAACAGCUGUUCUCACGAAGGCUCAGUACAUCUAGUUCAAGCAGCGGAGAUUCAGGUACACCAAUUGAUCUUGAUGAUGACCAACAAGCAUUCUACAAUCAAUAUUAUCAGGGUGAUCCUGCAAAUAUAGUAGCAACUGAAACACAUGUCUAUACCGGAGAGCCUGAUAGUAAUGUUACAACUACUACAACAGUUCCAUUAGUUGCAACUGAAACAAGAAAAGUUGCUUUAGAAAGUGAAGAUGGGAAUUACAGUGCAACGGGUGAAAUUGUUAGUUCCCAAACGAUAUCAAGUAAAACUCGUACUGUUGAAACAAUAACUUAUAAAACUGAACGAGAUGGUGUGGUAGAAACACGAGUAGAACAAAAAAUAACAAUACAAUCGGAUGGUGAUCCGAUUGAUCAUGAUAAGGCUCUACAAGAAGCUAUUCAAGAGGCUGCUGCAACAAAUCCUGAUAUGACUGUUGAAAAAAUAGAAAUUCAACAACAGAUGGCACAGUAACCUCUUCUAAAAUAGAAUCUAUAAUUAUAUGGCACUCUGUCUGAAAAGCUAUGGUAUCUUCAGAGCAAAAAAAAUAUGAAGAUACGAGUUUGCAUUUACUACAUGUUGCAUACUAUUAUGCAUCUUUCAGAUGCAUAAUCGUCAGACUGAAUUAUCGUCAAUAAGCCCUUGCGUACAUUAUUCAUUUAAUUAUGAUGCCUUUCUUAAAAGAUUUGGGAAAUUGCUUUUUAAAGCUUACCCAAUUAUAUGAGUUGAAACUUGAUUGUAAAUCAAGUUCAUUAGUAAAAGAAGAAAAGUCAUUAAUAAAGUUUUGUAUGAAACGUAGUACCUUAUACCAUAAACAAUCGUGUUCAUGUUCAGAUAAUUAAGAGUGUAUAUGUAUGCACAUACCUUGAUAUUUAUUAUACAUAUUACAUAUACAUAGAUAUGUAUGUAUAUAAACAAAUGAGUAAGCCAUUAAUAUUUACGAAAAGAGGACAGAGUGCCCUUCAGAUAAAAAUUUUGAUAAUUUUAAGUAUUGAAUUAAAAAAGAAAAAAAUCUAUGUCAUCUAUUCAUAAUUUUCAUAUAUGAAAACAAGAUAGCUUUUGCAAAAUGAUAUUACUAAUUUCAAAGUGUAUAAAGUCACUAAUUCUGCUAUUAAUGCAUUGUCAUACUUUUGACUUCUAUAUCGUUUGAUUAACCCUUGAGCAUGGUCUAUAUAGUACAGAUUCAUUCAAAAAUUUGAAAAAUCUUAUGAUAGUAUUGCAUAAUUACUUACAAGAUAUACAGUUUUUGAUUACUCCAUGCAUACAAGGUUUCUCACUAAUAUUCUGUAAAAUUUGUAAGUGAUAAGUAAUAAAUACACGUGUAAUAUCCAUUCAA